AUGACGGCGGAAAGACAAGUUCUUGCUAACAAGGAUGCCCAGUCAGCGGCUGUCCCUCGAGCGCCAUGGGCCGUUGCGCGCCCAUCACUCAGGGAUCCCUCCCGUCGACUUCCACAGGCGAUUGCUCAUCGCGGUGCAAAAGUCAACUGGCCAGAAAACACAAUGGCCGCCUUCCGAGGCGCAGUUGCAGACGGGUCUCACGCUAUAGAGACAGAUGUACACCUCUCUUCUGAUGGUGUAGCCGUUAUAUCACAUGAUCCAUCCCUGAAGCGUUGCUUCGGGGUAGACGCGCGUAUCGCAGAAUGCUCGUGGGAGUAUCUUAGUACUCUACGUACAGUAGCCGAGCCCCAUGAGCCCAUGCCGCGGCUCAAAGACUUCCUUGAGUGGUUGACCGAGCCCGAGUUAGAAAAGAUCUGGGUUGUUCUGGAUAUCAAGCUCAAUGAUAACCCUACAGACUUAAUAGCCGCUAUUGCGAGAGCGUUUGAUAGCGUCCAGGGGCCGGUUUCAUGGGACCAGCGUAUUGUACUUGGAUGUUGGAACGCGUCAUUCCUACAAGCUGCACGUAGUCAACUCCCGACCUAUCCUCUGGCUCAUAUCAGCGCCUCUCUCUUGUACUCACACCAUUUCCUGAAAAUCCCGAACCUCGGUUUCAACCUCAACCAGAAUACCCUCGUUGGUCCCUCGGGCAAACUCUUUUUGCGACAGCUCCAACGUACCGACAAGCUUGUCAUGACAUGGACCGUCAACCAGCCUCGCCGGAUGGAAUGGUGCAUCCGUCAGAAUCUAGGCCACCCAAGACUUCCUAACAGGAACGUACAAGGACCACCACUCAUCGACGGUGUGAUCACCGAUAAUCCACGUUUGUAUCUCGAGGUAUGCCAGAAGUUUGAGGAUGAAAUGGAUGGCAAGCUCGUCAGAUCAAACCUGGCGUUGACUCAGAGGGUCAAAAAUAAGGCCGAAACUGUCGCUUUCGUGCUAGUCACCCAAGCAUUGAUGAUCGUCUACCAUGUUGUGAGACGAAUGCAAGGCAAAUUCGAUUUUCUUCCAGACCGUCGAACGCUAGAUAGACGGUAG